CUUAGUAGGCAGUUAUCUGUUUUUUUCUGUAAACAGCCUAUUCACUUCAGGAUUGGUAUAGGGAUGUGGGAGAUUAGCUUUCCAUCAAGACUAAAGGAAAAUCUCCAAUGAAGGAAGGAGUUUGUGGGGAGGAAGAUGAGAAGCCUAGGGUGGUUUCUUUUCUUUGUUAGCCUUUGUGCUGUGUGGCCUUGCCUGUUUGUUUUCCAUAUUCUACUUCUGAACCCCCCUCUGAACAAGCCUCUUUUGAUUUCUCGCAGGACGGCGGACUACAGUUCCAGCAAACCUAGGCCUGGGGAAAUCAUUAACCAGAGAUAAAGCACAACAGCACACUGACCUCAUCACAUAUUGCUGCAUUAUCACUGGCCAUCUGAGUUGGAGAGUGAGGUGGGGUUGGUUUGCGAGCGUCGCUCCGCAGAGCUGUCCGAUGACUGUCUGACUCAUCACAUCCCGCGAAUGACAGGCGUGCAUUCGAGGGUGGGGCCCGCCUCAGUCUCACAUGAUUGGCUGCUGGAUGGAAAUAAGGUGAAUGGAACACAUGCCCAAGGAGCAGGACCCAAAUCAAUCAGAGGGAGAAGAGAAACGGUGGCUCGAUGGCCCGAAAAGGAAGAGAAAGAACAGUCAGUGUUUGGUGAAGAGCAUGGCUGGUAAGAUGUCUCACAGAAGACACGGAUGUUUUUGCCUAGAGCUGCAGCAGUAUGCUUACCCCUCCUCUGUCCUCCCAGAAUGCAUCACUGACUGCACAUUUCUGAGAAACACACGAGAAACCCAGAAGGAGAGAAGGGGAUUCUUCAGGCGCACCAUCCAGAAGAACCUCCACCCUUCUUAUUCCUGUAAGUACGAUGGCUGCUGCAUCAUCGACAAGAUCACCCGCAACCAGUGCCAGCUGUGCCGCUUCAAGAAGUGCAUCGCUGUGGGCAUGGCCAUGGAUCUGGUUCUAGACGACUCCAAGCGGGUUGCAAAGCGGCGCUUGAUUGAGGAGAACCGUGAGAAGCGGAAGAAGGAGGAGAUGGUCAAAUCCCUGAAGACUCGGCCAGAACCCACCAGCUCAGAGUGGGAGCUGAUCCGUAUGGUGACAGAAGCUCACCGCCACACCAAUGCACAGGGCUCUCACUGGAAACAGAAACGCAAGUUCCUGCCUGAGGACAUCGGACAGUCUCCGGUGGCCCCCACAUCAGACGGGGACAAAGUAGAUUUGGAGGCCUUCAGCGAGUUUACCAAGAUCAUCACCCCAGCCAUCACACGUGUUGUUGACUUUGCCAAAAAACUGUCCAUGUUUUCAGAGCUGCCUUGUGAGGAUCAGAUCAUCUUGCUGAAGGGUUGCUGUAUGGAGAUUAUGUCCCUACGUGCUGCAGUUCGGUAUGACCCGGAAAGCGAGACCUUGACCCUGAGCGGAGAGAUGGCUGUUAAACGAGAGCAGCUAAAGAAUGGAGGGCUGGGCGUUGUGUCUGAUGCCAUCUUUGACUUGGGCAAGAGUCUAGCGCAGUUCAACCUGGAUGACACAGAGGUGGCCCUGCUGCAGGCUGUACUGCUUAUGAGCUCAGAUCGCACAGGCUUGACAUGUGUGGAGAAGAUCGAGAAGUGCCAGGAGAUGUUCCUCCUAGCGUUCGAACACUACAUCAACUAUCGCAAGCACAACAUUCCCCAUUUCUGGCCCAAGCUGCUGAUGAAGGUGACGGACCUGCGCAUGAUCGGAGCCUGCCAUGCCAGCCGCUUCCUGCACAUGAAGGUGGAAUGCCCCACUGAACUCUUCCCCCCACUUUUCCUGGAGGUCUUCGAGGAUCAGGACGUGUGACGUCCCAGUGAGCUGUGGCAGGAGAAUCAACAACGUUUUGUAACCCGUGUUUCUCUACCUGGCUCACCCCCAUCCACGCACCAAACUCACCAGCAGCAGCUGAAAUGGCAGAGGUCAUCUUCAGAAAGGCUUUCAUAUGGGGAGUUUAUUUUUUAUUUUUUGCUUUUCGCAGAAAACUCAGCCCUCCCUCAUCCACUAAAUUCCCCACGCGUGGCCCUUCUGUCUCGGCAUGAUGUCCUUAUACUGGUUUACCAACACCUUAGACACAGAAUAUACAUCUACACACACACACACACACUCCUGUAAGUGUGCUUGCAGAUGCUGUACUCAUGCAACUCAAAUUCUCUGAUGAGCUUAUAUGCAUUUGUACACGUACAGACUGCACUACUGUCAUGCCACCACUGGAGGUGCCCCCUGCUAAGACUGGAUGGCAGCUGGCAUAUAGAUUCCUCCGGCAGGUCGUGAAGUGGUCAGUUCAUUUUAUUGAUUAAAAUCUCAAUUCUUGUGAGAUUAACCGUCGGUAUCUCAAGCUCUGCGCUAACAUGGAUCUUCUUUAACAGACCUCAUGAUUCUCUUCGAUAUUGAGCCUGUGUGUGAAGCAGGAGGAAUUUUUUAAACCAAAUCAGGUGCUAUAUUUAAAUAAAGCUACUCAAAAUGAUUUGGGACUUUUCAAAAACAUACCCCCCUCCCUUCUCUGUAGGACACAGACCGUUGAAAGCUCUCGGUCGCCAUUUUAGUGCACAUUCAGGGGUGCCGUUCAGCGACUUCAUGUGCGGUUCAUUCUUGCCAUUGUCUGGGCAUAUUUGUCCCUGGAAAGUCACGCAGAGAGAUGGAAAUCCAGGCACCCCUACACCUCCAAUCUGCACUGAUUUGUGUGUUUUACAGGUAUCGGGAGGGAGCCAGUAUUACCAUACUCCCAGACCCAGCACACACACGCACACACAAACAUACUAAAACACACACCUCAAAACUCGAAUGCCUCAUUUUUACUGUAUGCACUGCAGUGCUGUAGUUCUGGACUCCCAUGCAGGGCUUUGAGAGUUCAGUCCAGCCCAUCUGUGUUCCGCUCAGAUGCUACUGUUGCCCGGUCUGUGCGAACACACGUGCACACUCCUGACGGGCCAAGGCGGACUGACUGUUGUUGAUGUUUUUUCUUUGUGUUGUUUUUGUUUUACCUCAAAUGUGGGCACACCUUCGGCUGGCUGUGGCUCCAAGACUGCCUCUGUGCUGACAGGUUCUACCUCACCUCUGGACACAGGGCAGCUACCCUCAGCCACACACACAUUUACACACAUUCGUAUUCUCAUACACUGACAGCCAGGAUAGAAACACUCGCAGACACAGUUUCUUCUCAGUUACGUUGAAAUACCACUGUAGACAGGAGGGCCUACCAUUCCUCAUCGUAGCCUAUCAGAUUUCUCUGAGGUGGCUGAGAGAAAAACAAUUCUGGGUGGGCUUUUUUGUUUCUUUUUGUGUGGGACCAAGUGUCACUUCAAUUUCCGUCAAAACGGAAGCUAGUUUUCAGCAGACGGAGAACUAAACCAUACAUGCCGCUGACUACAAAGAGGAGCCAUGGAGAGAACUACAGAUGAAGGACCCGAGGUGACCAGGCCUGAAUCAAAUGGGUCUAUCGCUGUUUCCGUUUCAAUACCAAGCAGUAAUUUGCAAAGUGGAGUGAGGGGUCGGCUGGUUUCUUUAGGGUGGGGCAGGGGACGCGGAGAAGCAGUUGAAUGAGAGCACUUAGCUUUGAAAGAGCCAAAUCUUCAGAGACGAUUCAACCCCUGGCACUUUUAAGGAGUUUUUGCACUAAGGCAUGAUGGGUCCCACCCUCCAGCUCAGUCCAUGCUUUCCAAGGACACACCCCCAACCUCUCUGUCAAACAGAGGCCACGCCUUCAUGUGCUCCUGAGCACACCCUCAGAGUCAGUAUUAAGUCAAGCAAAGUCCUGGUCGUGUUCUUUCUCAACAAAUGACGAAACACUCAAAACACACAUUCACAAACAGACCUCUGUGUCCCCGCCCCCUCAAAGCCAGAAGUGGCUUGAGACGAACACCCAACAGAAACGGGCCUUUCCUUUGUGAGACAAAGGAGUGGCCAAGCCAUGCAAAGAAUGGCAGCACCGAAUGAAUGUGAACAAGGAGCAGCAGAAUGAAAGAGCCAGAACGAGGAGUUGCUCUAUAAUAUGGUUGCGAAGGAACGCAGCCAAUCAGUACGAGAGGAACUGUAAUGCAUUCCGUAAACAUCUGGCAUGGAAUUCCAUCUUGAAAUAGGAAUAACGCAGCAGUGGUUCCGAUUGGCUGAUCGAGUGAACGCAAGGGUUUCGAUGCUGCUUUACCUUCUAAUUUAGUUUGAGAGAGAUAGAAAAAUAAAAAAAGAUAUAAUAAAAGAAUUACAAACCCAGAAAAC